AAACAUUCCGGGAAAAUUCUGUCAGAAGAAGAGAUGGGGGAAAUGGGGAAGGCGAUAGGAUUGCUGAUAAGCGGGACGCUUGUGUAUCACCAUUGCGCUAAUCGAAACGCGACUCUUCUCUCCCUCUUUUCCGAUGUUCUCAUCGUUCUCUUAUCCUCCCUCGCCAUUCUCGGUCUUCUUUUUCGUCAACUCAAUGUCUCGGUACCUGUGGAUCCAUUAGAGUGGCAGAUAUCACAGGAUACAGCCAGUAACAUCGUUGCACGCUUAGCUAACACCGUUGGAGCAGCUGAAUCCGUUUUGCGAGUUGCAGCAACGGGACAUGACAAGAGGCUAUUUGUUAAGGCAAGUUGUUCUAAACUGAGUUUGUGUUAUCUUUCGGAUGUUUCUUUCUUUCAGGUCGUGAUCUGUCUUUACUUCUUGGCAGCUCUGGGACGAAUUAUAUCGGGUGUGACCAUUGCUUAUGCAGGACUGUGUUUGUUCUGUCUCUACAUGCUCUUUCAGAAUUCUCAGUCUACCGGAAACUCUCUACUGAAACGAACAAACCGAGAGAUUUUGGGACGAGAAGCAACUUCAGAGCUAUGA